CACAGAAAAGAUCAAAACGCCUUUGCAAAACAAGCGAACGGAAAACAUACUUGAGAGAGAGAGAGAGAGAGAGAGAGAGACUGUGGACGAAACCACACUGAUACAGAAGAGAGAGAGAGAGACAGGCUUCAGAAAGUGAUCUAAAAGCCCCCAGUUCUCUCUCUGUCUAAGCUCUUGUCCUCUCCCUCUCUCUUUCUCUCUAGAGGUUCAUUGAUUAUGCUUCUACAAAACAGAUACAUAUUUGUACAUAUACAUAUAUAUAAAUAGGGAUAUAUACAGAUAUCUAAUUAUAUAUACAUAUAUAUAUAUACCUGAUUGUGCAAGUAAAGUUCGCGCAAUGGAGGGGUCUCCGUCUGAUCUGGUGAUGGAAUGGGGUUCGCCGGAAGCCGAAACGGGGCUCGAAGAGCCUAUGUGGCAGUUGGGCCUGGGCGGCGGCGCUGAGGCGUACCCCGAGCGGCCCGGUGAGGCCGAUUGUAUGUACUAUCUGAGGACCGGCUUCUGCGGAUAUGGCGCGCGGUGUCGGUACAAUCAUCCCCGGGAUCGGGGCGCGGUUGUGGGAGCUAUGAGAGCUGCUGGAGGAGAGUUCCCAGAACGAGUGGGGCAGCCAAUUUGCCAGUUUUAUAUGAAGACGGGACUCUGCAAAUAUGGUGCAUCUUGCAAGUAUCACCAUCCAAGACAGGGAGGUGGCACUGCUGCUCCCAUGGCACUGAAUAUUUUUGGAUACCCACUGCGACCGGGUGAAAAAGAUUGCUUGUACUAUGUGAAAACUGGGAACUGCAAAUUUGGUGUAACUUGUAAAUUCCAUCAUCCACAACCAGCUGGCAUGCAACUGCCAUUACCAACUCCUGGACCUUUGCCUGUGCUGGCCCCUGUGCAUGCUCCCGCAUUUUAUCCCCCAGCACAGCCUCCUUCUGCUCCUUCAUCUCAACAAUAUGGAGCGGUUGCUGGGAAUUGGCCUGUUGCAAGUCCUGCUCUUGUUCCAGGUUCAAAUAUCCAAGGGGCUUACAGUCCCAUGCUGCUUCCUCCUGGGAUGGUCCCUUUUUCUGGUUGGAAUCCUUACCAGGCAACUGUAAGUCCAGUAGCUUCCCCUAGUGCCCAGUCAACUGCUGGAGUAGCUCCUAUUUAUGGGAUAACACAGUUAUCUCCUUCAGCGCCUGCAUAUACGGGAGCUUAUGCAUCGUUGCCAUCUUCUGCUGGUCCUUCAAGCAGUAGCCAGAAGGAGCAAAAAUUUCCUGAGAGACCUGGCCAACCUGAAUGUCAAUAUUACAUGAAAACUGGGGAUUGUAAAUAUGGAUCAACAUGUAAAUACCAUCAUCCCCCAGAUUGGAGUACACCUUCAACGAAUUUUGCCCUUAGUCCAAUGGGGCUUCCCCUGCGCCCGGGUGCACCGCUGUGCAUGCAUUAUGCUCAAAAUGGAGUAUGCAAAUUUGGGCCCUCAUGCAAAUUUGAUCAUCCAAUGGGAACACUGAGUUAUAGUCCAUCUGCUUCUUCUCUUGCUGAUAUGCCCGUGGCUCCUUAUCCUGUGGGAACUUCUAUGGGUACUCUGGCCCCGUCGUCUUCAUCAUCAGAGUUGAGGCCUGAUCUUAUUUCAGGGUCUAACAAGGAUGCCUUUUCAUCCAUGAAAUCAUCUUCCAUGAGCACAUCCGGUGGCAGGCCUGCAUCUCAUCUUUCUGUUCAGCAGUCUGGUCAGGCUUCUGCCCUUUCAACCGCCAGCAGUAGCACAAGUCAUGGAGGUGAGACUCGGACAUCAAGCUAGGUAGAAGAUUCUAGCAAACUCUCCAGUUGGCCUCCAAAAUUCAUGAAUCGUGCUUUUUUUCUUUUUUAGGCAGACGGCCUCUGAUAUAAUGAGGCUUGUUUUCAUUCUUUACGAUUCCACUAUUCCAAUAUAGCCUGCUAGCACUGAUCAUCUCUAUGGUCAUAUAAUCAUUAUAUGGCCUCCUUUUUUUCAUUUUGAAUAAGCCACACCCAACUUCAGAAAUCAAGCAAACCGUAUACCUUUCCCACGUUUCUUUCGAAUAACCAAGAAGAAAAGGCCCCUUUUAGUAGGCAAACUUGCACCAUUUCUCCAGUUUUGGAGUUCGUUGUGUUUAUUUAUGCUGCAGUCUUUUUCGGAACGAAAAAGAUCAUUCCUUCAUGCCUCUUCCGUCCACAUAUACUGUGUUUGUCCAUCUUUUGCACUCUCCAACCCUGGGAACUAGCUUCCAGUUUGACUUGAACAAAAUUGGAGGUGUUCCUAUUCGCUCUUUUUUGGUCCAGGCAUCAUUGUGGUAGAGUCAGAGGCACUUCAGAAACUCCAAGCAAGGGUUUGCAGUGCUGCCUCAUAAUAUAUGUUCUGAAAACUUGUUCGCUUGAUGGAUCUUGAUAAAUUAUCCUCAAAUAUGAAAAACAGGAGGAAAAACCUGUGUAAAAGUACUUUAUACUAUUUUAUCCAUUGUCUAUUAGAAUUGACUCUUC